UGUCAGCGGCACUUAUUUGGUUGCUUUUUUUUCUGUAAUUAAAAGUUGUAAUGAUUUGAUGUUGAUUAAAAUCAUUAAUAUAUUGUUCAUAAUUUAAAAAAACUAAACUUUAUUUAAGUAUCAUUCGUAAGUUAAUUGUAAUGAAGAGAUACGUUUAUCGUGUAACGAGUGUGUUCGUAGAACGGAAUAGCUCGCCGGCUCACUCAGUCUACUGGAAGAUUCCAUUGUGAGAGGGUUUAAAAAGUUAUUGCUCUGCGAGAACUGUGUGUUCCUGGUAAUCAACAACAGCUACACAAAUCUACACAGCAUAUCAAAAAAUUACUUCCUGAGACUCACCAGUGGAGAAAAAAGAUCUGAAUUCAUGAAUAGAAAAUUGUAAUGGGAUGUUACUGAUAAAAAACUCCUUAAUGUGUACGAGAUGAAGAAUCAAGAAGUAUUACUUUUGCCACGGCUCAUGAUACCGUUGAGAAGUGGCUUGAUAUGUUGGCAAGUUCAGACAUUUGGAAAGACGAUGAUGACGCAGAAAAUCGAAGAAGUUAUGUUGGAGUAUCAAAAGGAUCAAUCAAUAGGAAUGACUUCAGUGUAAAAAGAUCGCCAACAAAAAACGUUCCAAAACGUGUAGACCAUCAGUAUUACUACCAAUCCUACCGUAAAAAUCGCCGUUAUAUUCAAAAAUCUUUCAAAACAGAAAACUUUUUCCCUGAAAGUCCAAUUAAAUGUUCCUCGCUUCCCUCAUAUUCCAUUGAUCCUAUUGAUGGUGUUUUUGGACGUGAACAUUCGUGUUUUGGUACUUCAAAGAAUAGAGAACAUCGAAAUUCAAUUGGAGAAACGGCAAUUUACAAGCUGGCAUUAUCUUCCUCUUUGGAUGAAAGUGAAGAUGUAAAAGCUUUUGAAUUAGGGGUAAAAUUGAACGAAGCUGAUAUAAGCUUCAGUGACAGUAGCGAAAGUGAGAAUAUGAUUUUUGCCUGUUCAUCAAUUGAAAAAUUGAACGAAUCUUUGUCAGAAGAAACAAAAUAUCGUCUGGGAAAAAUGAAGGGUGCAAAACAAAAACAACUUGAAAAUGAUGAUCAAGAUUCAGAUACGAAAAUUUAUGGUAAAAGUCCAAAGUUUGACGAUAACAUGGAAAAUUUAAGUUUCUUAGAUACUAAUUAUGGAAAUUAUCGUUCGCAAAAUAAACAAAAAGUUGCAAGACUCAAGCAUGAUACCCGUGGGCGAUGGCGUGUAGACGAUAUUUCCGUAGAAGAAGAUCCGUUUGCAAAGAAUACAUUAGACGGAGGAAUAGUUUUUAAUACAUUGGAAGGAUUCAAACACAAUUGCAUUGCUGCUGCAUGUGAAAAUAAUAAUGGAGUUAAAGCUAGGAAUAAUUCUGACAUGCCAUCAAAUGAAAUACCCGGACCAAGUAGUGAAAAGUGGGAUUCAUUAAAAGCGGAUUUCGAAUUUUGCCAGCAAACAUCCUUCAAUGAUAAUUUUGUAUGUGCUAUUGACGUUGAAGAGCUUUCCCACGAUAAAGGGAAAAACAUUGAAACUCUGGAGAAACCUGAAAUUACUCCUGGAGACAUUGGCAGGAUGUUGAAUUUGGGAAAUGCUUUAGACACACCUCGAUUACAAACUCAAUCAAACAAGUAUUUAAGUCUUGUAACACUACAUCUUCCAAUUAUUCUUAGACUCAGUGUUAAUUGUCCUUUUGAAAAUGUUCGAGCAAAAUGUGAGGAAAUUCUUCAAAUGGUAAAGGAUAGAGGACUUUCAAUUCCGGAGCCAGUAUUCGACGGACCAAGCGCAUUUAUUCCCAGCUCAGAGCUUCCCAGUUUGAGCAGUCUUGAUGAGAAGACGCACAUGUUAUUAAUGGAUGCUUUUCUACAGAACAAUCGACUGGAUCAUAUAUCUCGAGUAAUGUCAUCGCAUCCUACGUAUUUGGAGCACUUCCUUAAAACACAACAUUUUAUCCUGCGAGGAGACGGACCACUAUCCUUUGAAUAUCGACAUCUGAUCGCUAUUAUGGCUGCUGGUAGACAUCAAUGUAGUUAUAUAAUUAAUUUGCAAAAAGGAGAGUUUCUUCUGCAGGGCGGAGAUCCUUCAUGGUUACAAGGACUGAGAUCUAUACCAAAUAAGCUACAAAAUCUAUAUGAAAUCAACAAAAUUCUUGCACAUAGGCCCUGGUUGUUAAAUAAAACUCACAUAGAGAAACUCACAAAAGGAACAGAUAGUUGGUCUCUUGCCGAGGUGGUUCAUGCGAUAGUUUUGUUAGCUCAUUUUCAUUCUUUAUCAUCAUUUGUAUUUUCUUGCGGAAUCAAUGAAGAACUUGACAAUGUUACAAGUUAUCAAUACAAGGAAAAUAUUCAAGCCAAUAGUAAUAAUGUACAACUUGCCAAAGACAAGCUGGUAUCUAGUAGUCCGAAAAAAAUUCCUAGUAGCGGUGGCAAGACUGAUAAAAUCCAAUCACCGCCAUCUUCACCAAGUAUAGUUGGUGAACAAGAGGUUGGAGUUGAAACUUUAAUGGAACGAAUGAAACAUUUAUCAGAAAAGUCAGAGUCGUAUCAGAUAACACAAGAAGAGUUGUCAAAAAGAUUUGAAUCAGUUGAAACGCAGUCUGCUGAAUUGGCAGCGGCUCCGCAGAGGGGUAGUUUUUCGCUGGAUUCUGAUAUUGGACCUUUCAUCGAAGAUCCUACUUUUAUAUACCAAGAUUUCGCCAAGCGAGGUCAAUUGAAUGAUAUUCCGACGUUCCGAGUGCAAGACUACUCUUGGGAUGAUCAUGGUUAUUCUUUAGUAAAUCGUCUAUAUAAUGAUGUUGGUAAUCUACUGGAUGAUAAAUUUAAAACAGCUUACAAUCUUACCUAUUACACUAUGGGGACACAUAACAAAGUUGAUACAUCACGAUUUAGACGAGCUAUUUGGAAUUACAUUCAGUGUAUGUUUGGUAUCAGACAUGAUGAUUAUGACUAUAACGAGGUCAAUCAGCUUCUUGAACGUAGCUUAAAAACAUUCAUCAAGAGUGCAGUUUGUUAUCCAGAGCGUGUUACAAAAAGAGAUUAUGAUCGAGUCAUGAAAGAGUUCAAACAUAGUGAAAAGGUUCAUGUAAAUUUAAUGAUCCUUGAGGCUCGCAUGCAGGCGGAAUUAUUAUACGCUUUACGUGCAGUAAUGCGAUAUAUGACUUAAAAAUAAACUUAUUUACGAGUUUAUUCAGAACUGGUCAGUUUGUCUACAACUCUACUGUGCGAUUGUUUAAGAAAUCGCUUCUUGAUUCUUUGAGAAUUCACAAGUCAUGGAGUAAUGAAGACUAUCCAAGAAGAAUUGAUACUUCUACGCAGAAGAGGAAAUUCAUCAGACACUACUAUUACUACAGUGAUAUCAUUUUCAUAUGCCUAGUGAGGGUCGAUAAGAUUACCUGAAUUUAAUCAGCAUAAAAGUAAUUAAGUAAAAAUGCACGCAACUAUCAGAGGUCAGCGGAAUAGAAAAAAGAAAAUUUUCGUACUUUAAACCUAAAUUUUUUGAACUAUUCUUUUAAAGACAUUUUUACUUAGUGAAUUAAAUAUGAAAAUUGAGCUUUCUUAAGAUCUGAGAUACAUAAACAAAAAACCCGAUUUUUUAAGUAUGAAAUUUUCUUUUAUUAAAUAUGUGAAACGUACUUUUUUAUGCCAUUCGUAUUAUAGUUCAAUAUUUUUUUUCAUUGAUUGCCAUUCGUUGAAAAAAAAAGUAUAAUUUAAUUUUUUUUAAAAAUCAGAUUAAUGAAUAUUCUAACAAUAUUUGAAAAAAAUGAUAUAAUCUAUUUAAAAGUUAGAGUAAAAUCUUAUAAAGGCUGUAAUAAACGGCCAAAAAAAUUUUUCCCCUUUAAAAGAACAAUGGGACUUUAUCAAUUUGUACAUAAAUUAAAUGUAUAUUCUCUAUUUGACGUGAUAUAAAGAUUUUGUUUAAUUGUUUUCGUAAUUCAUUAGUAUAUAAUUAAAUUAUAAAUUUUCGCCUCUUUGUUUUUAUCAUUUAAAAUAUAGAUCUAUCUAUAUACAUAUAUAUAUAAUAUAUUUAUAUG